AUGCGAGUGGAGGGCGUGCCCGCCGUGGCGCCCGCCGACGGCGCUGCAGCAGCAGGCGGCGGCGCGGCAGAAUGCAGCGGCCAGCCAGAGGCGGUGGCGUGGGGGGUGUCGAGGCGCUUCUCGCAGUUCGUGCGUCUGCACGACGAGCUGCUCUGCAGUCACGCGCCCGAAGUGCGCGCGAGCGGGUGCAGGCUUCCCGCCAAGUUCCGCCUCCCGACACUUCUCCCGACGGCCGCCGAUCUCGCGGCGGAGGGAGCCGACCGGAUGGGGCCGCUGCAGGCGUACCUCGACUGCGUGGUGGCGAGCGAGGCGCUCCGUGCGGCGCCCGCGACACGGCGCUUCCUCGGGGCCGAUUAG